GCGGCGGGCGCCGAUUGGUUGCCGGCGGCAGGUGGGCGGGUGCCCGUUGGCUGGCGCCGGACGCAGCGCUGCGGACGUUGCUCUCGGCCUGAGGGGAGGUGGUGGAGGCGGCCAGGCUUAUAUGCCGGUGCCGGUACCGGUGUGGUGGGCGCCGCCGCCAUGUUGUGCCACGGGGAGGGCGUGCUGAGCUUCCUCACGGCGCUGCUGGGGGCGGUGCUGGCGCUGAGCCGCAGCCCGGCGCUGGCCUGCCUGGUGACGGCCGGCCUCUACUUGGUGCUGCACCUCUUCAGCCUGGAGCCCGUCCCGCCUCAGAGCGCCCAGCGCGUUCUGCGGCCCCGCGGCGCCGCCGCCCGCAUCGCCCACCGCGGCGGCGCGCACGAUGCUCCCGAGAACACGCUGGCGGCCAUCCGACAGGCAGCUGAGAAUGGAGCAACGGGUGUUGAGCUGGAUCUUGAAUUUACUGCAGAUGGUGUUCCCAUUCUAAUGCACGAUGAAACUGUAGAAAGGACAACUGAUGGGUCUGGAAGAUUGCGUGACUUGACUUUUGAUGAAGUUAGGAGGCUUAAUCCAUCUGCAAAACAUAGGCUACGGAGCAAAUUCCAGGAUGAAACGGUACCAACUCUGAGAGAAGCUGUUGUGGAGUCUAUGCAUCACAAUCUUCUAAUCUACUUCGAUGUCAAAGGCCAUGCAAAUCAGGCAGUUGAUGCCCUGAAACAACUGUAUCUGGAAUUUCCACGUUUGUAUAACAGCAGCGUAGUCUGUUCUUUCAUGCCAGAUGUUGUUUAUAAGAUGAGACAAGCUGACAGAAAUGUUGUAACAGCACUAACACACAGGCCUUGGCAUCUGAGUCAUUUUGGAGAUGGGACACCCCGUUUCAAUUCCUCCUGGAAACAUUAUUUGUAUAUGAUGAUGGAUGUCAUUCUAGAUUGGAGCCUACACGCUUUCUUGUGGCGGUUGUGUGGGGUUUCAGCUUUCCUCAUACAGAAAAAUUUUGUUUCUCAGGAGUAUGUGAGGCACUGGUCUUCAAAAGGAAUUCAAGUCGUUGCCUGGACAGUGAACACAUUUGCAGAAAAAAGCUACUAUGAAAGCGUCCUUGUAUCCAGCUACAUCACCGACAGCUUGGUGGAAGACUGUGACCCUCACUACUAGACCUGUGCUUGGUAGACACCAACCUGAAUAAACUAUCUUACUUGGGCAGGUCUGAAUUCUCCAUCGAGCGGGUAUCCACUGGUGCAGGUGGGACCACUAAUGAUAGUUCUGGGAAAAGGAAGAGCAGUAGCUUACUUCUGUAUGGUCAGAUUUCAAAUGCAGAAAAACCCUCUGCUGCAACACUGGACAAAGCUGAGGUGCAGCCAUUUGCAGUCAGAGGAGAUCGUGCCGUAAUGUAACAGGAGCAGAUUUGACAAGCUAACUGGGCAAUUCCCUGUAUGUUCAGGUCGCCUUAGUUCUCACACUGUUCCUCUGCUUUGUUUCCAUCUUGGUUAAAAAGUCGUAUCAGCAAUUUUUGGUAGUAAAAUUUAAAAACAUACCUUGAAUUUAGUAAUUUAAAAUGGGCUGUUCUACAACUAUAUAAUAAUUUGAGGUUGAUCUACGGCAUCUUAAAAAAUUUACAUUACUGUUCUCACAACAGAAGCUGAAAAUAAUGGUGCCAAAACAGCAGUGAGUGUAUUUCCCUCCUACUGCACUGAAAUAUGACCGUGCUGCAUCUUGAUGAGGAAAAGAAAGCCAACGUCCCAUGUUCAAUGUAAAGACUGUGAGAAUUAAUGAAUAAAACUUGAGUAUCUUCUUUCAGACUUUUUAAAAGAACCAAGGGAGGAUAUAUUCUUCUAAUUCUGCAGCACAUGAAUGUAUUUAUUUUUCAAAGAAAGCUGUAUAAUGAGUGCUGGUAGAGGUAGAACAAACAGAGCUGCACUGUCUUUUUACUUUGCUUAUUGUUUUCAUGACUGAAAGGCACUCACAAGGAUAUGUGGGAAACUAAUCCAGACUUAACUUGAAAUCAAAAAAGUCUGCAGUUACAAUAGGUAAGUAUCUGACUGCUCAGGGGUAGGGUAUUCUUUAUCAGCUGUACACCUGUAGAUUGAUGUAAAAUGUCAAAAUUAGUGUACGUUGCUUGCUGUUUUUUCUAACAAGUAAAACCCCCAGGGUGUUCUCAUCACAGCUGUCAACAGGCCAUGAACAAUUCUGGCUUUGCUCGGGAAGGAGCAAGGAUUUACAAGAUUAGCAAGAACAGAAAACUGCAGCCAGCCCUGAUAUAAAUUAGCUCACCUUUUCUUAAUGGCCAAUAAAUGGAAUUACUAAGUUUAAUAAUUUAAUUUCAGAAGAAUGUGAUACUCAUUUCAACAGAAAUGAGGAAUUUAAACAUUUAACUGCUUGGUUACGGGCUGCAGGCUAUUCAGGUAUCAUCUCCCCAGAUACCUCAGGCUGCACCGUGUAGGGAUUUGGAUAUUUGCCCGGGAAGUGUAACCAUGUUUUAGUAAGGUCGUGCCUUGUGCUGCGCCAGUGGUGUGGAAUUCAGUGUUCCCUUGUGAGGGCAGUGCUGUUUCAGGUGAGGUGCUGCACCGUACCCUGGUGAUGGCUGGAGGAGGGGCUGGGGCAACUAUGCCUCAAAGUUAGAAUUAGUUCUUAUUCACAGACCCAACUGAAACUUCUAAAAAACCUUUAUAAAAGAGGCAAAAGGUUAGUAAUGAAAAAAAAUCAGUCAAUGGUGGGAAGAACUCCACAAUUGUCCCAACCAAGUUAAGUCCAAACUUCUCAACUAGCAGCAGAUUAAUGUUACCUUCUGCAAGGGGUAAGGGAGUGUUUGCUUGUAUCGUAAGCACAAAGAAACUUAGGAAUAAGGAGGUGGGUUUUCCUGUCAGGAUGACGGUUCACAUCACUCAUCCACCUUGCACUGCAGAACCAACCAUCUCUAUAGGUGCAUACCCUAUACCAUGUGUACGUUAUGCCCUCAACCAGGGUCUCCAGCCAUAUCAGGAGUGCUGCAGCCUUUGCCUUCGCUGCAGUGUUGAGCAGGCGCUCCCAGAGCAGCCAGCAGAAGAGCACAUGUCCCAUCAUGGCAAAUGAUCUCAGCUCCAAAGGUCCAUUGUCUGUUGCUGCUUGAGUUGCUGGCACUGAGCCUCGGUGCCAAAACUAGGCUCAUAUUCAACACUCACAGCCAGACUCCAUCACUUUACAUACAUAAAGACAUAAUAAAAUUGAAUCGCUGGUCUUGCAUUGUA